AUUGUUAGUUUCAUAAACGAGCAAGAUGGCGAAGUGUCCGUCAUAGGCGGACUUUCGUUGAGGGAGUUGACAUUACACCACGUUACACAUGCUACUUGGAAAACGUCGUUCGCGUAAAAGUGAGAAAAAUGGAACUGUUUCGUACUGACACGCAUUUCAUUUUCGUGAAGGAGAAGUACAGCCUUUGGUGUGACAAAUACACGGGAGAAUUUUCCGCGAAAUCGGACUGGGAAUGGGCAUCACCAAAGGAUUUAGAAUGCCUUGGAAUAUUUUAUGGAAUAGUUGGGAAAAUAGAACAACCGACUGUGCUAGAGCCCAGGUUAAUGCUUAUAAAAGAAAUUUCACCAGCUGGAGAACUUUAUGGAGGUCAUGUUAUACACAAAAUUAAAUCAAUCGCAUUUUUACAUUUUGGCACUGAAAAUACAGAUAUUGGACUUCUGCCAUGCAAGAAACAUCAGAAUUUGCCAAAGAAAAAAAGUCAAACCAGUUUAUUCGAUGUGCCACAAAAAGCAGCUUUUGCUAAAACGUGGGGAACCAUUAAAAGUGCUACAAAUACUAUAAAAAAUACUACACAACAAGCAGCUGCAAUUGCAACAUCUCAGGUAAAAUCUACAGUAUCCAAACGAAGCAUUGUUAAGGAUAAAGAGAGAUUUGAGAAGAGAAUUCUGGAAGAAUUGAACAAAAUUUUUACUGAAACUGACUCCUUCUAUUUCUGUCAAACUGGUGACAUUACCAACAGUCUACAACGACUUUGUAUUACUGAAACACAACAAAACGAGGAAGAUAUAAAUAAGCCUCUUUGGCAAAGAGUAGAUGAUAGAUUUUUUUGGAAUAAGCACAUGCUACAGGAUAUAAUCAAUUUGAAAACAGAUAAAGCAGACUGUUGGAUAUUACCAGUUAUUCAGGGGUAUGUACAAAUAGAGAAGUGCAAAGUAGAAGUGGGGUUUGAUGGUCAACCUCAACACGAAACCUUUAAUUUAGCUAUUAUAUCGAGAAGAAGUAGAUUUCGCGCGGGAACACGGUAUAAGCGACGCGGUGUGGACGACGAUGGGAAGUGCGCAAACUAUGUAGAAACAGAACAACUAGUUUGGUAUCACGAUCAUCAGGUGUCUUUUGUACAAGUACGAGGUAGCGUACCCGUGUACUGGUCUCAACCUGGAUACAAAUACAAGCCUCCACCACACAUCGACAAAGGUGAAGCGGAAACGCAAGUUGCAUUCGAAAAACAUUUCACCGAAGAACUUAAGUUGUACGGUCCGAUAUGUAUCGUCAAUCUAGUGGAACAAACUGGCAAGGAAAAAAUUAUUGGGGAUGCGUACAGUAAUCACGUGCUUAAUUACAAUAAUCCAAAUAUAACAUACACAACCUUCGAUUUCCACGAAUACUGUCGAGGAAUGCAUUUUGAGAAUGUGUCUAUCCUGGUCACUGCGUUAGCUCCGCUACUGGCAGACGUGGGGUACUGUUGGCGUGAUAAGCAAGGCACAAUUUGCAUGCAGACGGGCGUGUUUCGGGUGAAUUGUAUAGAUUGUUUAGAUAGAACAAAUGUGGUGCAAACCGCUCUGGGUAAAGCUGUGAUGGAAAUGCAAUUUUCAAAGCUAGGACUAAUACCGCCAGACGGAACGCUGCCGACAAAUAUCAGGCAAACGUUUCAGCUGCUUUGGGCCAAUAAUGGCGACAUUAUCAGUAAACAGUAUGCUGGUACAAACGCUCUGAAGGGAGAUUACACAAGAACAGGGGAAAGAAAAUUUACUGGGUUAAUGAAAGAUGGCAUGAAUUCUGCAAACAGAUAUUAUUUAAAUCGCUUCAAGGAUGUCUAUAGGCAGGCCACAAUUGAUAUGAUGUUAGGAAAUUCGGUAAGCGAGGAAGUGUUCCAGGAGCGUACAGAAGAAGAAGACAAUGCUGCUACGGCAAUUCACGUAAAGCUGCUGAUAGAGGAUUGCAAAAAACUACUUAUACCUGACCCAGAAGUUAUUUUAGGCAGUUGGGGUCUCAUAGAUGCCGAUCCUGUAACUGGUGACCCGACGGAAACAGAGAUGGACACCAUUCUAAUUCUAACGCGCGACAGUUAUUACGUGGCUGAUUACGACGAUCAGAUCGACAAAGUUACAAACUACCAAAGAGUUCCACUCGAGGAUGUUAUAUUGAUUGAGUUUGGUCAGCCCGAAAGUACAGUCUCUCUCUUUAAAAAUAGGCAUUUUCACUGCAUUAGAAUAAAUUACAAAGUGGCCAACGAGUGCGGCUACUUCCACAUGUUUCGCAGUACAAAUUUACGUUUUUUCAAUAACAUGGCUGUUGUUAUAAAAACUGAAGAGGAGAGUAUAGAGUCUUUAAAAGCAGUCUGCGAAGCUAUAUCCAUAGCAAUGGAAAUAGCAGAUCUACCAGAGAUUCCUAUAGCGAUGAAUGUAACGUUAGAUAAACGAAAGAGUAAAUUAGUUAACGUUAAAGGAUCUACAGGUCUGCUGGACAUCUCGUCCCUUCCAGAACUAACCAGAAAUGUCUCGGAGACACAGUUACAAGCUCUGAAAAGUGCAGGAACGAAAGCAUUGAACAACAUGUCGGAGCAAUUCAGUAAAUUAAACAAGUUAAGUCAUAGCUUCAGCGCGAAGAAACCAAUCAUAGCAAAAAGUAUAGGCAUAAAGUCCGAGGCAUUCUCGAAACCUACUUUCACGGUUGGAAGCAGGGAUAUCUCAGGCAAUGUACAAGGAAAACGUAACAGCAUUAGCAGCAGCAGUAGCGAUGACGAAAAUUUAACAACAUCAGUUGUUCCUUUAGAAAAGCCAGAAAACUUCAGUCACGAUAAAAAUCUCAUGGAAGCGUACACUCCAUCUAUUGGCAUCAUAAUGGGUGUAAAGAACGCUGAUGUAGUCGAAAGCAAUGAUAACAACGAAACGCAAAAUUUAUCGGUACGACCCACCAACCUAUCCGAUCAGAAUUCGAAUGCGGAAAGUCUGCUCGUUCCAGAUACUGGAUCCGGAACAAGCACUCUAAGUGCUUCCCCUCAAAAGACUACAGCUACAACACCGGAAAUAACGAUACAAGGCGCAUCGGAAGCCUUAAUCGAAGACAAGGAAAGAAUGGUUCCACCGUCGACGUUGAAUCUCACAAAAAAUAUUAGUCAUUCGACUGGUGAAGUUGAUAGCAAGUUAAUACUUAGCAAUACAAAUGUCAAUAACUUGCAAACGGAGAGUAGAUUGCAAGAGAAAAAGAGAUCGACGUCUGAACAAGAUUUAACCUUGAAUAUCACAUCUUCACGAAGCGAGUCUGCUUUGAAGUCUAUAAAAACUAAUGUCUCGAAUGUCGUCAGCCCAGUAGCGUCUACCACAAAAGAUAUUCUGUCGCCUUUUUCAAAAUUCGCGAAAGGUGUUCAAACGUUAGGAGCAAACUUAGAUCCUCGAAAGUUGAAAACGGGACAAGCAGGAUUACUUAGAAACCUUUCGGACCACCAUGUAGAACAACGUCAGAAACUGCAAGAGAGAUGGGGUUCUUGUCAAUCGAAACUAAUAGCUUUGUAAGUUUAUGGAAGAUAUCGUAGCUAAAAUCUCAAUGUCUAGCAACGUUAUUGUAAUUCACAAUCUAGGUAAACACGAUAAUAGUCGAACGAUUGAGAAAUCGUCGUGCACUAAUCAUUGACAAUGCGUCGCAUAAACGUGGGAGAUACUUUUGCAUAGGAAUUGAUAAAUAUAUUGGGUUGUCCGGAAAGUUCAUGCCUAUUUUAAAAAAAAAUUCAAAGGCAUAUUUGAAUUUUGAUGUAUAUUUAUUAAAUUAUAUGUGUACUAUUUUGUUCCACAACUUUUCCACCUGUUAAGGAAUGUACACAUUUUAUUUGUUUUCAUCCAUUCUGAUAUAUAGAGACCUGUACCGCCUACUAAAAAUCGGCAUGAACUUUCCAGACAGCCCAAUACUUCUCGUUGCCACAGGUAUUUCCUAGAUAUAGUAUUACGAAAAAGUCGUCUCGAACAGUAAAGUCAGUGCACAUAUUUAACACGAUUGAUUAUUUUGGAUUACUGCCACCUUGCCAUAAAAAUUGUGCAAACAAAUUCUCUUAACCGAUAAGAUAUUUCUUAUUAGUGAUGGGCGUUCGAAUCUACGUUCUAAAAGAGAUUCAAAACUUUCAAGACUGUGAAGUUUCGAAUCGUUUCAAUCAUCAUUAAAUACCAUGUGAUCUCGUGCAUCCUUAAGUGGUCUAAAAUUUAUUAAAAUUUCUAUUAGAAUAUGUUAAAUGCAGAGUCACUUGUUUAUUUAUUCAAAAUGUUCAGGACUUUCAAGACUGAAAGUUUUAAGAAUUGGUAUCAAAUAAUAUCCGAUGCGAUACGAUGCAGUCUUGAGCCUACCACUAUUUUCUGUACUUUCUCAUGAAAAUUACCUCCUCAAAGUACAAUGUGGUCAAUAUUUAAGCUACAGCAAGUCACUUGGUGUAUCAGCUUACAAAUUUUCUAUUAUUCUACAUUCAUAGGAGCGGCGGGCUCCUGCUCCUAUACAAAACGACUAUCUAUUUGCAAAAUGCUUUGGCAUAUUUAUACAAAAUUUUUGUCGCGAUAGCGUUUGUAUCGAUUUUAUGAAACGAAACCUAGCAUUGCAUUUGAAUGUUAGAAACUCGAAUUGUGGAUUUACCAAAAGUGUGUGCUUAUACAAUGAAAUUUAAUCCCAACGUUCUCUGAAGCUUCAGUUUUUGCUGCAUAAUUAAAUUUUCUUAACGGUCGAAACUUUAAUUGCUAAACAAGUAAUGUAUCCCCUUUUUUUUGUGUAACUACAUAGAUCGAAAUAUGCAUGUAACAUUUGCGAGCUAGUAAACGUUGAUGAGUUGAAAAUUUAUUUGUGCAGCAAGUUCAACGAAGAAGCUUUGUAGUCAAUUAUGUAAAUAUGAACCGUUAUUUAAGAGUAGUCUAGUAAAUAACGUAAUAUGGCUAAUUAAAACGAAAGUAUAGUGGCAAGAUAGAAUGUGAGAAAUAAACAUUCUCUCUGGAAAACUGUACAAUGUGCAAAUUAGAAGUGAUAACUGUCACAAGAUAUGCCUAGAAAUUGGAGUAGUUUCCAAAUCUUUAGAAACUACUAUCUAAUGUUAAACAUGCAAGUUUGAGACUUAUUUUGAAAAAGGCAAGCUUUGUUUAUAACAUAUUGUUUUCCACAUAAAAUUGCGCUUGAAACACAUGAAUGUUUCCAAAAAAAAAAAGGUCGUGUUAUUCCUACAUUGAUAUAGCUACAGUAUUAUGUACAUAAUACUUAAACAAUUAUAGUAACAAUUUGCAUAUAUAAUCUGUACUUAGAUCAUAAAAUAUCCAUUUUUAUUUAAUACUCGAAUUAUGACAACGUAGACCAAAUAAUAUGAGUUAUGAUUCUAGGAAGCUGAUAUCUUGUAUAUAAAUAUUUUAAUUUAAUCGUGAUAUGCUGUAAACAUUUCAUAAUUGCACUUAACACGUGGUAGAAGUAUUGCAAGUAAGAGUUUUUCUAGUGAAUGUUUUUUCCAAUUGCAAAUGAUAGUCUGUGAUAUAAUCUAGCAGAAUGAGCACAGCCUAUAAUGACAAAAAAAAAUGAGAAUAAAAUGGCGUGUCGAUUCUGUAGAUCAUUUAGAAAUGCUUUAAAAUGAGAACACCAAAAACAGGACUGUUUUCAAGUAAUCCGCUCUAUUUAGCUGAAUCUGUUACCCAGAUUUUACGAUUGUUUAUUCAUUCCAUAUUAGAACACCUUAUUUUUAAAAUAAUUUUAACUUGUAUAACUUGCGAAAUAUCUAUUUAUUGAUGCAGUAUUAUAAGUCAUUGACAAAAAAAUAGACUCUAUAUUUUUAGUUCCUUUUUUCGUAUUGUCACAAUGUAUGGUCCAAUUAAAGUUGAGCAUUCGACAUAUUGCAACGGA